GUUUUGGUCUUCCACAAUCCGCCACUCGUGACACUUGAAGUGAGAGAAAGUGAUGGGAGUAGAGAGAGAGAGAGAGAGUGAGACUGGGGAGUGAAUUCGUCCAAGAACCAAAUGCUGACAAAAAAAAAAAAUGUUCAAAGUCAUUAGCUUUCUGGGUUUGAAGUGCUUUAUCUCUCUUCUCUCAAGUCUGGAGAGAAAGCAACACUAGGGUUUGGGUUUAUCCGAGUUGUGAUGAAAAUGCCAGCAUGUGUUUGUAAAGGCCAAAGCUUUUUCAAUCUUAAUGGCAUUCAAUGAAGGUUGACUGCUGAUUCAGACACCCAUUUACUCACAAGAGCCGCUUUGUUUACUGAUUUUUGCAGAAGUUUUGAGCUUUGGUUUCUGUCAAAGAAUGAAUCCUGGAAGCAACUGAGUUUGCUCAAGCUAGAAUCUUGCUCUUCUGUGGCUUACAAGUGUUCAUUUCCUGGAUAUCUGCUUGGAACUUGUUAUCUUGUUUUGAGCUUAGCUGUUUAGGGUGUUUUGUGGGAUCUCAGGAUCUGUUUGGCUCUUGACAUUGAUUGAAUUGGUGAAUUUCUGUUCUUGGUGUUUCAGACAUUGAAAGCUUGGAACUUUAGAAGGAUGAAGCUAAUUAGGCUUUUGAUUUUGGCGGUUUGGUUUGGAUUUGCCAUUGGGCAGCUUCCUUCACAGGACAUUUUGGCACUGCUUGAGUUCAAGAAAGGGAUCAAGCAUGACCCGACUGGUUAUGUGGUUCAGUCAUGGAAUGAGGAGUCCAUUGACUUCAAUGGCUGCCCUUCCUCUUGGAAUGGUAUAAUGUGCAGUGGCGGGAAUGUAGCGGCAGUUGUCCUCGACAACUUGAGUUUAUCGGCAGUUGUGGAUUUAGGCGUGUUUGCCAACCUCUCGAUGCUCGUGAAGCUCUCGAUUGCAAACAAUUUCAUUUCUGGGAAAUUGCCUGACAGCAUUGCAGAGUUCAAAAGCCUCGAGUAUCUGGAUUUGUCUGGCAAUCUGUUCGCCUCAUCUUUACCGCCAGAAAUUGGGAAGUUAGGGAGUUUAAAGAAUCUUUCUUUGGCUGGGAAUAAUUUCUCUGGUUCGAUUCCGGAUUCAAUUUCAGGGCUAGCCUCGAUAGAGUCGUUGGACUUGAGCCACAAUUCCUUUUCCGGGCCAUUGCCCUCGUCUUUAACCAAGUUGUCGGGUUUGGUGUGUCUUAACCUAUCCAUGAAUGGGUUUACCAAGAAAAUUCCCAAGGGAUUCGAGCUAAUGCAAAAACUCGAGGUGUUUGACUUGCAUGGUAAUAUGCUCGAUGGUCAUUUGGAUCCGGAAUUCUUACUGCUUACCACAGCAGCUUAUGUUGACUUUAGCGGGAACCUGCUCGUGAACUCUGCUUCUCAACAACAGUCGUUUUUGCCCGCUAUUUCUGAGACUGUUAAGUAUUUAAAUCUUAGCCAUAAUCAGCUUACGGGGUCACUUAUAAGUGGGGGUGAAGCCCAAAUAUUCGGGAACUUGAAGGUUUUGGAUUUGAGCUACAAUCAACUCUCCGGAGAAUUACCCGGGUUCAAUUUCGUAUAUGAUCUUCAGGUUCUCAAACUCAGCAACAAUAGGUUUUCUGGGUUUAUCCCCAAUGAUCUUCUGAAAGGGGAUUCUCUAGUUAUGACGGAUCUGGAUUUAAGUGGCAAUAGCCUCACAGGGCCAAUUAGCAUGAUAACAUCGACAACACUGAACAUUCUAAAUCUAUCCUCGAAUGCACUUUCUGGUGAACUUCCAUUAGUGACGGGAAGUUGUGCUGUUCUUGAUCUCUCUAAAAACCAGUUUGAAGGUGGGCUGUCGAGAUUGAAGAAAUGGGGAAAUAUUGAAUAUCUUGAUCUCAGUCAAAAUCGUUUGAAUGGAUCCAUCCCGGAAGACACUGCUCAGUUUCUACGUUUACAUCACCUGAACCUCUCGGGGAAUACCCUGAGUGGUUCUCUUCCGAAAGUUAUCACACAGUUCCCUAAACUUAUCGUGCUCGAUCUCGGCUUCAACCAGUUGGGCGGACCACUUCUCACCGCUCUUCUGACGUUACCUACUCUCGAAGAACUUAUCUUGCAGCACAAUUUGUUCUCGGGAGGCAUUGAAUUUUCUCCCCCGCCAUCCGGUGGCUCAAACCUUCGUGUUCUUGAUCUCUCUCGUAAUAAGCUUUCUGGCUAUUUCCCUGAUGGGUUUGGGUCGCUUUCCGGGCUUCAAGUGAUUGAUGUAUCGGGGAAUAAUUUCUCUGGUUCUCUGCCAUCUUCUAUUGGUGACAUCAACGCUCUAAGCUCGUUAGAUGUUUCGAAUAAUCAAUUCAGCGGUCCAUUGCCAAACAAUCUUCCCAGUACUCUUCAAAGGCUUAAUGCAUCGUACAAUGAUUUCUCGGGCACUGUCCCGGAGAAUUUGAGAAAGUUUCCGUUAUCAUCUUUCUACCCUGGCAAUUCAAAACUACAAUUUCCAAAUCCUCCUCGAGGCCCGGGCCAAACUCCUACUGGAAGUAACAAAAAGAAGCCACUUAAAACUAUAAUCAAAGUGGUUAUAAUCGUUGCUUGUGUGGUUGCUCUUGUUAUCUUGGUUUCGGUUGGCAUUCUUCUUUGCUACAUUCGCAAAAGAAGGCCUCGUCCACAUGUUACCGACAAAGACAUUUACCGUCGGUCCACAACAAAUCCUUCCGAUUUGAGCAGAAGAGAGGGUGGUAGCGGUUUAGUAGUUUCAGCGGAGGAUAUUGUGACCUCACGAAAAGGAACAUCAUUGGAUAUAAUUAGUCCUGAUGAGAAAAUGGCGGCAGCUGCCAUAACGGAUUUCUCUCCAUCUAAGACCAGUAAUCUCUCUUGGUCACCGGAAUCUGGAGAUUCAUACACUGCUGAAAACCUUUCAAGAUUGGAUGUCAGGUCCCCAGAUCGACUGGCGGGUGAGCUCUAUUUUCUCGACGAUACUGUCUCGUUUUCGCCCGAGGAACUUUCGAGGGCCCCGGCUGAAGUCUUGGGCAGAAGCAGCCAUGGAACAUCCUACAGGGCGACCCUGGAUAAUGGCUUCCUUCUCACUGUCAAGUGGUUGAGAGAAGGGGUGGCGAAACAGAGAAAGGAUUUUGCCAAGGAGGCUAAAAAGUUUGCGAAUAUUAGACAUCCAAACGUGGUAGGAUUAAGAGGGUAUUACUGGGGCCCCACACAACACGAGAAACUUAUUCUUUCAGAUCACAUUUCUCCGGGAAGCCUAGCAAGUUUCCUCUAUGAUCGACCUGGAAGAAAAGGUCCGGCUUUAACAUGGCCUCAACGACUUAAGAUAGCAGUUGAUGUUGCUCGUGGCUUGAAUUAUCUCCAUUUUGACCGUGAGGUUCCACAUGGGAACCUCAAAGCAACCAACGUGCUGUUGGAUGGCCCGGAUCUUAAUGCCCGGGUAGCUGAUUACUGCCUGCACCGCCUCAUGACCCAAGCAGGAACGAUCGAGCAGAUUCUUGAUGCAGGAGUGUUGGGGUAUCGGGCACCAGAGCUGGCUGCCUCGAAGAAGCCACUGCCCUCUUUCAAAUCAGAUGUAUAUGCUUUCGGAGUGAUAUUGUUGGAGCUUCUAACUGGAAAAUGUGCGGGCGAUGUGGUUUCUGGAGAAGACGGUGGGGUUGAUUUGACGGACUGGGUGAGGUUGAAGGUGGCGGAGGGUCACGGUUCUGAUUGUUUUGAUACUGUGCUGUUGCCUGAGAUGGGGAAUCCGGUGGUGGAGAAACAUAUGAAGGAGGUUAUGGGAAUAGCCUUAAGGUGUAUACGCUCUGUAUCGGAGAGGCCGGGGAUCAAGACUAUCUAUGAGGACCUAUCAUCUAUAUAAUGUGAUAUUUUAGCUUCUGGGAAUCAAAUAGCUCAUUGGUAUCCCUUUUUUUUUGUUCAGUUGAAGUAGGAUUGUUAGUGUGGAUGAACUAAUUCUAUUAACCAUUGCUGUAUAUUGUGGGGCUGUGUUGCUAAUGACCUUUUGUGCUCAAGUGGUCAAAGAAAAGUAUAUUGGGGAUGUGUUUCUACUUAAA